GUCAUCUUUGCAUAUACAUUAUAGGAAACUUUGUGAGAGUUUUGAAAAAAUAUAUCUAAAAGCUAUGGCUGUAGAACAAGUUAAGAGGAUAACUCAUACGUUACCAACAAGAUCAAGACUAGAAAUGAAUGUUCGGCAACUACUUAAUAAAUGCGAAUUAAUUGCAAAAAAAGAACCGAUUGAUACAAAUUGCAGGUUGAAACAGUAUGUGAAGUCUCUGGAUGGAAUGAUAAGUGAACUUAAGAUAGGCCCUGAUAAGCCUGCCAAAGAGGUUUUAGCUGAGUACAUUAAGAGAGCAGCUUUCUUAAAAGGUUUGAUUCAAACAGCUACACUCAAUACUCCUAUAGAAAAGCUUGAAGCAGUGCAACAGCUAUCCCAUGGUGCAGCUACAAAUUCUGUGGAUGGUUCAGCUCAAGAAAUCCAUCAAAAAACGGUUGCAAAGUAUGGUGUUGAAUUAAGAUCUGAAUUAUUUGGAUUGGAUGACAGUGAUGACACUUUAAGGCAACGAAAUAUUAUUAAAGCUCCUAAUUUUACAAGCAACAGUACUAGCCAAGAAGACAUUGAUUCUUUACUUAAAUACCACCAGAAUAUGCAGGAAAAAGUUGCAGAAAAUAUGGUCAUGCUUACUAAAAGCUUGAAAGAACAAUCUCAAAUAGCUAGUACAAUUAUAAAAGGAGACACAGAGGCUCUAAAGAAAUCCUCAGAUUUAACAGAACGUAAUAUUACAUCUUUAAAAGUGGAAUCCGAGAGAUUACAAGAACACAGCCGCAGUGCUUGGAAAUGCUGGCUCUGGUUGAUGCUUGCUGUUGUCAUGGCAAUAUUUAUAAAUAUGGUGUUGUUCAUGAAAGUUAUGAAGAAGAGAAAAUAUGAAGUUUAAUUCCUAGUGGUAGGUGAUUUGUAAAUAAGUUAUAAACAUAAUACAUAUAUAAUAUAUCCUUCUCUAUUAUAAAUGUGCAA